AGAUUUCCCUCCCUCUCGCUCUCUCCAUCCAAGGAUUUAUCCUUUCAGCCCUGAUCUCACUUCAUCCCCUCCAAUCCUCAUCUAGCCAUCACAAAGGCAUCACAGAGUUUACAGAGAGAGAGAGAGGGAUCAGAAGGUGCGUAAAGCAGAAAACCUGAAUGAACACUGUCCCGAGGAAAGGCAAGUGGAUAGAGAAUUGGAAAGGUAUAAGAAUUACAAAUAGAGCGGAGAAACGACCAAGAGGAACGGGAGUUUUCCCCAGCAUUCUCUUGGAUCUACUGACCUCACUUCCUGUCUGUGUCUGUGGGUGAUCGUGCCUGACAACCGUUGCCAUGGGUGAAAUGGAGCAACUGCGAAAGGAGGCGGAGAGCCUGAAGGAUGACAUCACUGCGGCCCGUAAAGCAGUGCAGGACCUGACGCUGCAGGAUCAUGUGGCGGGGACAGCUGUUGUGGGACGUGUCCAGCUAAAGACCAGGAAGACAUUGAGAGGACAUCUGGCCAAAAUCUAUGCCAUGCACUGGGGGACAGAUUCAAAGCUGUGUGUCAGUGCAUCUCAAGACGGUAAACUGAUUGUAUGGGACAGCUACACCACCAAUAAGGUGCAUGCAAUCCCCCUGAAGUCCUCAUGGGUGAUGACAUGUUCGUACGCACCUUCAGGAAACAUGGUGGCAUGUGGAGGACUUGACAACAUGUGCUCCAUCUAUAACCUGAAGGCUAAAGAUGGUAACGUGAAGGUCAUGCGUGAGCUCGCAGAACACACAGGUUACCUGUCCUGCUGCCGCUUCCUGAGUGACAGUGAGAUCAUCACCAGCUCUGGAGACUGUACCUGUAUUAUGUGGGACAUUGAGACAGGAACAGAGAAGACGGUCUUCGCUGGACAUUUGGGAGACUGUAUGUCUCUGGGUGUUGCUCCUGACUUCAACACUUUCAUCUCAGGAGCUUGUGACUUCACAGCCAAACUGUGGGACAUCCGUGACGGACAGUGCAGACAGACCUUUGCAGGCCAUGAGAGUGACAUCAACGCCAUUGGGUUUUUCCCCAACGGCAAUGCAGUGAUCACAGGUUCAGACGACGCUUCCUGCAAGCUGUACGACCUGCGUUCAGACCAGGAGCUCAUCACGUUCCAGGACUCCAGCAUCAUGUGUGGAGUGACUUCCCUCGCUCCCUCUCUCUCUGGAAGACUCCUCCUCGCUGGGUACGACGACUUCAACUGCAACAUCUGGGACACGCUUAAGGCGGAGAGAGUGGGAGUGUUGUCUGGUCAUGACAACAGAGUGAGCUGUAUCGGCGUGACACCUGAUGGGAUGGCCUGCUGCACAGGAUCAUGGGAUAGCUUUCUGAAGAUCUGGAACUAAAACGCCGUCUCAAAAAGAGGCAAAAUCAGAAUAUGUCAAAGACAGGGUAAAAUGUAAAGGGGACAAUUGAAACAGGACUAUGGGAUAUAGUUGUAUAAGUAGGGAGGGAAAGAGAUGUGUUUGUUGUGCCGUCAGAACGAGAAAGAUUGUGAAUAAGAAAACCUCAUUUAGAGACGGGCUUGAUCUGUAGAAUAGUCUUGUCAAAGAAACCAUGUAAUAACAGAAAACUGUUUUUCAGGGACUGCUAACUGCAAAAGUGGGCAUUUACCAAGCCAUGACCUAUUUGGUGAUUUAGGUAAUUUUUGGAUAGGGUCAUUAACACGAGGGUGUGUUACAGCAUAUUAUCAAUAUAGCAUAUGAAAUAAGUCUUCAACACUAGUUGAAUCAAGCUUACUGAUAUCUAAAUGCAUCCUGUGCUAUCAAACCUACAUGACAGAGGUUGCCAAAAUAGUUCCGCAAGAUCGAGUAUACAAUUUCAGUCUACACAGAAUUUUCACUUUUAUAAAAUGUGGUUUACAAACUAUAGAUAGAUGAAAUGAGUUUUAGUGAGAUUGUCUGAUUGAAACUUCUUUCAAGUUUAGUGUUAGAUUUUUUUGAUUGUGAUUUUCACUGAUAGUGUCAUGUCUUUUUCUGCUUAUUCAGGCCAAUAAAAUAAAAACUACCGACAAA